UCAUCAAAUUGUCUGCAAAUGAUUUACGAUUGCAAUAUGAUUGUAGAGCAAACCAGGUUUAAAAAACACGGAAUUGAUUCUGAUCAUGAUCAGGUUAAAAUUUUUACCUAAAAUGCAAGUGUAAUAAAACUUGAAAGGGCGUAAUAAUUAAGCCAAAAGUUCUGAUGAUGAGAACAGUUUUAGUACGGAACCGUCAUUCCACAAGUGGGACUCCCCCUUAGCAGUCUUUAAAUAAAUACUUGUGAACCUUAUUCUGAUAUCUUCGAGAAAAUUAGUAGGUAUAAAUAAGGUAACAGGUUGCCUUUUGUAACUCAUCACAAUGUUUAAGUCAGCUUUCGUGAUUUUGAGCUGCGUCGUGGGAACUGUUAUAACCGAGUCAAUAGAAUGUUCAGGGCGCAAUGAACAUUACGAGUGUGGUAGUGCUUGCCAAACUACAUGCGCCACGCUGGGCCAGGAAUGCCCUAUUGCGAACUCGCGAUGCAAUGGCUGUUAUUGUGACGAAGGUUAUGCAAGAAAUGACGAUGGGGAAUGCAUACCUAUUGAUGACUGCCCCCAGUAGGUAUUCAGAGCUUGGUUGUAGGGUCCACGGUACCUACUAAAUGCGAUAUAAGACAUGAUUGUUUGUUUGUUUUCAGAUGUUUAUUUUUGCAUUUAUACAAGUUUAUCACAUAACGUUAAACUAGGUCUAAGGUUGAUUUAAAAAAUCUUCACAAUGAUUGGGA